UUCAACUUGAUAAAUUUGUUGUUUUCUUCUGGAGAGAAAAAAGUGUUUGAGAUGCUAUAAGAAAAUUAACGAAAUAAAUAGCAUAAAAAAAAUGGGAGAAUUUCGAAAAAAACUUAAUUUGAUUAAACGUCAAUUAAAUGGUGAUAAUAUAGAUUCUAAUUGUCAAGCAGAUUUUUGUUUAUUAAAAUUGCUAAAUGAAAGUGAAGAUAUAUUUAUUGAAAAACUUCUUGAUUCUAAUGUUAUGAGAAAUAUUUUAUUAGAAGCCAUAAAUUCUUCCAAUCGAAAAUACGUUUUCGAAUUUUUGAAAGUGAUAAUUGACAGAGGCAUAAUCAUAAAAAAAUACUUUAUUGACAAAAUUAUAACAUUUGUUAAUAUCGAUGAUUUAAUAAAUUCCAAUAAUGAAAAUUCCACAAUGGCUUUAAACAUCUUUUAUAAAUUAUUGUCGCAACAACUUGAUUUAAAUAAAAUACAUGGUAUAACAUUAAUUAAAAAACAUGUGGCAAAAUUAUUAAAUUUUGUUAAUCACACAAUUUUUGAAUUGAAUGAUGAUUCACUUAUAGCGAUGAAAUUAUUUAAUUUUCUUCUUAAAUAUAGUGGAGAAAAUUUACAGCAGAAAAAUUUUUUAACAAUUCAAAAUCUUUAUUUUCAAAGUGUUGAUUAUUUAUUAAAUAUUAUGGAUCAUUUCUAUUUAGAGAGAAUGAGAAUUGCUUGUUGCAUUUCAAUUUCGAUAGCUAAUUGUGAAAUAAACGAGGAACAAUUUAAACGGAAAAUUUCCUAUAAAAUUAAACAAAUUGCAAUGAAAAAUAUUGUUCCUGUAUUAAAAAAUGCAGAAAUUGAUAUUGAAUAUGCAGAUGAUUUCAUUGAUUUUUUGGAAUUAGCAAUAAAUUCAAAAUUCCACGAUAAUUAUGAAUUGUGUUUGAAACUCGUGAAACAUUAUUAUUUAAAAUUUUUACUUAAUUAUUUAUCCGCUUUCAAUGAAGACAGAUUGGAUUUUAGAAGAAAAGUGUGUAAAUUGAUUUCUACAAUAAUAGUCACACUCAGAAAUUAUUUUCAAUUUCCCAUGAGUGAUUGGAAUUAUAAUGUAGUGACUUUUCAAAAUUUUCUCUUCACUGGAUUAGAAAAAUUGUCACAUAAUUCAUCAAAGUGGAAGGAAAAUUUAAAAAUAUCCAAUGAAAAUUUCAGUUCAUUACUAAUUGUACUUUAUUGUCACUUUAUGGUUACAGAAGAGCAAUAUAUUUUUACGAGGAAGGCAUUAACUGUAAAUUUAAUGAACCUCGAUGUGAGCUGUACAAAACGAAUUUUUCUAAAAGUUCUUUGGCUAUUAUACGCGGUUUCUCCAAUUACUGGUCCAUUUUUAGAAUUUUUGCAAGCUACAAAAAAAUUCACAUCUAUUUUAGAAAAACAAGACAGUAUAGAAAUUUAUUACACGCAUCAUAAAAGUCUUCUUUUUUUUAUGAUGAAAAAUAAUGCAAUUUCUGAUGAAAUGCAAGUGCAAAUAAUACGUUUGUGGAUUGAUCAAAGUAAAAAUGAUGAAGAAUUAAAAUUACUCAUAAAACAAUGCAUUGAUCAAGGUUAUAGUGAUUUGAAAAUCGUUAAAAUUUUCAUGGAUUUAAUUCAUGGAAAUUCUAUGAAAACUGUUAAUAAUACGACAAUAGUAUUUUCAAUUUUAUUAAAAAGUAGAAAUAUGCCUGUUGAAGUUGAAGAAUUUUUUUUAAAAACUUUAACAGAUGAUCUUAAUAAGCACACUUUGACUUUUGACAAUAGUAAAUGCUUAGUAAUUUUGUGCGAAUUAGCCUUUAGAUUACCUUUUGUGUCAUCACUCUCCAAUGAUAUUGUUAAUAAUUGUGCGAUGAGUUUGAGAAACUUUACAGUAAACGAUAAUAUUGAAUUGUAUUUAAAAGUAUUAGUUCUCUCGAUGUGUUUCACUUUACUUACCAAUUCUUAUCUAACAAAGAAUUACAUGGCUGCAAAAUUUUUUUUGAAAAACGAUGAAUUUUUCAAAGUUGUUUUCGAUUAUGGUUUCAACACGGAGAAGAGUGCAUUAAUUAUAAUGAGCAUUUGUAUUUUAACUCGUUUACUUUUAUGUCAACAUACAUUAGAAAUUCAGUGUAAAACAAUGUCACAAUUAAAAUUUAAGGACCUUAAAAAUGUUUAUGAUAAAAUAGAAAAACAUCCAAAUCACUAUAGGCGAUUUAUUUUUAUAAGAUUUCUAAAGGAAUUAUUCUUAAAUAAUUUACUUGAAUAUCCAUUAAUUGAAUUGUGCAGAAAAAAUGAAACUUCAGAUUUCGAUAAUAUUCUUCGUAUUUAUAAUAUGGUCCACAUUAAUUAUAUUGAGAUUGAAGCUGAAGAUCAAGAUGAAAUCUAUGAAUGUCUUUCGGCAAUUUUUCAUUAUUGUUUCUAUAAAAAUUUUAAUAUAUGUCCAUUACUCAUGUGUUCUGAAACACCAGUGAUUUUUAAACGGACAAUUAACAGAAUACAAAAUAUGGAGAAAAUAAAUUAUUAUUAUACAUUUUUUGCUUUUGCCCUAACAUGGUUGAGGCACGUGCAAUGGGCUACAAUAAUUAAUAACAAACAGUUUAAAUUGAAUUCUGACGCAAAUGCAUUGAUACCAUUUCUAAUUGAAUUGCAGAAAAUAAUUAAUUGUUAAUUAUUUUAUUUAAAUGCAAAUUUUUUUUUUUAUCUAUAGUAUAUGUGUUACAUGUAAAAAAAUGUAUAAUUCAUGUAUAUUAAUGUAAGUAUUGUGCUACAUAAUUAUUAAAUGUCUAUAUUUAUAUGAAUAA